AAAAAUUGGAAUGAACAGGAUGGCAUGUUGUAGUUGAUUUUUUUGGUACUGCAAUCCCAUCAAGGAAAAGUCGACAGAAACGCAAAGAAAAUAAAGAGGCGACUAGCUCUUGAAGAAACUUCAAAUUUUGAUAUAAACAUUUGCAGCUGCCAGGAAACAUCAUUACAUCCUAUCAUCUUCUUUUUUUAAAAAAAAAAAACUAGAAAGAAAUUUGAUUUGAGUUCAUUUAAUGUAAAUCCUUAAAGAUCCCCCAACUAAUUCCAAGUUCUGGGAAGCGAUUAUGGGAAAAACUAUUAGCUGCUCUGUUUUAUUAGGUUUAGUAUCUUGUUUUUGCUUGCAGUUUGGUACUGCUUUAGAUACCGUAACACCAUCAAAAUCCAUCAAAGACCCUGAAUUUAUAAUCUCCCAGAAUGGUAUUUUCCGAUUGGGAUUCUUCAGCUUGGCUAACUCCAGCAAUCGUUAUGUAGGGAUAUUGUACCAUCAAAUCCCCGUACAAACUGUUGUGUGGGUGGCAAAUAGAAACAGGCCUCUCAAAGACUCUUCAGGGAUUCUCAACAUAUCAGAUGAUGGCAACCUUGUUGUUUUGAAUGGCAAAACUGAGAUUCUCUGGUCAUCAAAUGUUACCAAUACAGCUCCUAAUGCAACAACUGCCCAGCUUUCGGACUUAGGAAACCUCGUUCUCAGUAAUGGUGACGAUGCAGGAAGCAGCUUAUGGGAGAGUUUUCAACACCCUUGUAAUGUAUUCCUUCAAACAAUGAAGAUCGGCGUUGAAAUAAAAACGGGUCGUAAAGUGGAGCUGAAAUCAUGGAAAAGCAUUGAUGAUCCAUCUGAUGGUAACUUUUCUCUUGGUUUUGAACAUUUCAACAUCCCAGAGCUUGUCAUUCGGAAGGAUAACCAGCUCUAUUUUCGGACCGGUCCAUGGAAUGGGAAUAUCUUUAUUGGCAUAGUAUAUAUGUACACCGUUAAUUUUGAUGGGUUUGAUGUUGUUGCAGAUAAUCCACAACAACCGUACUAUAUCACUUAUGAAUAUUCUAAUGACUUUAGGUUGAUAUACUAUGAAUUAGAUUCUCAGGGAAAAUUCAUUGAACGGAGAUGGGAUGCGGAUAAAGGGAACUGGAUAAACAGGUAUCCUAGUCAUGAAUCAGAUUGUGAUGUUUAUGGAAUCUGUGGGGCAUUUGGCAUAUGCGAUUCAUCGAAACGACCCAUUUGCAGUUGCUUAAAGGGGUUUAAGCCUAGGAAUGCAGAGGAAUGGAGUAGAGGUAAUUGGAGUAGUGGGUGUUUUAGGAAUACCCCUUUGCAGUGCCAAAGAGAUAACAACAAUGGCAGUGGAGCAGGCCAAGGUGAUGAUGAGUUUUUGGAGAUGCAGAUGAUGAAAGUGCCGACCUUUCUGUACCGGUCAUUAAUAGUUAACGGUGACUGCAAAGAUGAAUGCAUGAAGAAUUGUUCGUGCGUGGCUUAUGCGUAUGAUGAUGGCAUUGGUUGCAUGUUGUGGAGUGGAGAUUUGGUUGAUGUCAAGAAACUCUCCAGUCUCGGAGUCGAUCUUUACAUUCGUCUGCCUUCUUCGGAACUGGAUAAAGGGAAAAGUAGAAAGGUCACUGUUAUUACAACAGCAAUUGCGGGCAUAGUAGUUAUUACAAUUUCUGCACUCUUCUUAUGGUGUAGGAUGGCUAAAAAUAAAGGCGGGAAUAAAAAACAAAAAGAGGUCAAACACCAAAUUUGUAGUGAAAAUAUAGGAGAAAAUUCAAUUGGAGUAAAACUCCAGCAGCUGCCCAUAUUCAAUUUCGAAGAACUUGCCACCGCGACAAACAACUUCAAUCACGCAGAAAAGCUAGGGCAGGGUGGUUUCGGUCCAGUUUACAAGGGAACAUUAGAUGAUGGGAAGGAAAUAGCAGUAAAAAGAUUGUCGAAAGCUUCGGUGCAAGGGUUGGAAGAAUUUAUGAAUGAAAUGGCGGUGAUCUCUAAGCUUCAACAUCGAAAUCUGGUUAGAUUGUUUGGCUGUUGUGUUGAAGGAGAAGAGAAGAUGCUUGUCUACGAAUAUAUGCCCAACAAAAGUUUGGAUGCUUUCCUCUUUGAUCCAGCUAAAAAAGAUGUUUUGGGUUGGAGAAAACGAUUCAACAUUAUUGAAGGGAUUAGUCGAGGAUUGCUUUAUCUUCAUAGAGAUUCAAGGCUAAAGAUUAUACACAGAGAUCUAAAAGCAAGUAACAUUUUACUUGAUGAAGAAUUAAACCCAAAAAUUUCGGAUUUUGGGAUGGCUAGGAUUUUCGGAGGCAAUGAAAAUCAAGCUAACACUAAAAGGGUUGUUGGAACUUAUGGUUAUAUGUCUCCUGAGUAUGUAAUGCGAGGGCAAUUUUCAGAGAAAUCAGAUGUAUUCAGUUUUGGAGUUCUAUUGCUAGAGGUUGUUAGUGGAAGAAGAAGCACAAGCUUUUACAACGAUCAGUAUGGAUUUAGCCUCUUGGGAUAUGCAUGGAAAUUGUGGAGGGAAGGCGAUAUUUGUGGCAUAGUAGAUGAAGUGAUUUUAGAGUCAGAAACAUAUUCAAAGAAUGAAAACGAAAAAGAAAUAUGGAGAUGCAUACAUGUUGGUUUGCUAUGUGUUCAAGAAUUUGCCAAAGAUAGGCCCACUAUGCCUACAAUUGUUUCAAUGCUUAAUAGUGAGAUUUCAGAUCUUAACACUCCAAAACAACCUGCUUUCACUGAAGCACCACUAUUGAGUCAUGAUGAUGAAGAUAGGGCUUCAUUUAAUGAUGUAACUCUUACAAACCUUGAUGGCCGAUAGAGAUACAAAUUAAUUAUUUGUAGCGUUUAGAAAUACAGUUUUAAGUAUUGAAAUUUAUCUUUUAUAUUCAACCUAUUUUUAUCAUUUCAUUUCUAUGAUAAUUGUAAUUUUAUUUGUUCCUUUCGAGUGAAUUUACUAUUAUAUUUGAACAUGUUAGUUUAAUGCUAAAAUCGAAAACUCAUUUGAUGAAA